CAAUCAGAGAAAUGUUGAUUACAACAAUAAGAUUUACCACUACAAUUGGAAAUGAUCAAAAUCAAUUCGAGUUGAUUUAAAAUCUUAAUUUUUUGUUUCUAUUUAUGAACAGUCCCUUGAACAGCUGAUCGUUAACACGUUUUUUUUAUUUGUAAAAUUUGAAAAUUGAAAACUGUUCAUUCAUUUGUUUUGAUUGUUUCCAUUUAAUUUCAGUGAUUAUUGUUGUUUUAGUUUGGUGAUUAUUGUAACAACUUUACCAUGGAAUUGUUGAAGAUUCACCAUGAACACUUUUUCUCCCAAAAACUAAGAAUAGAUGGAAGAAAAUUCAACGAGACUCGAGAUUUACUAAUUAAUUUAGAUUCAAUUUCUUCAGCUGAUUCAUCCGUUACUCUCAAAUUGGGAAGUACAACCGUAAUGUGCGGCAUAAAGGUGACCAUUAAUGAAGAUGUCAAAUCACUAGAGACCGUUAAUUAUAGUGAUCUGAUUGAUCUGAAGGUGUCUUUACAUGCAUUGGAUGAGGAUGAAGGAGAACGAGAUGAAAUUACCAGUUUGGCGAUAAAAACAAUAAAAGAAAAUGUUCUAUUCGAUCAUAAACCUUUGAUUAGCGAAGAUGAAGAUGGUGAAAAGCGAUAUUUAAUUCUGAAUAUUGAAUUGAUUUCUCUCAAUAAUGAUGGUAAUCUUUUCGAUGCCUUCAUCAUCGCUUUUCUGGCAGCCAUUAAUUCACUGGAGAUUCCUGAUUAUAAAGACAUUUACGAUGAACAAAUUGCUCAAUUAAUUCCUUCAUCAUCAUCACCACCAAUCCAAACCAAGAUGGAAACAGUUGAUGAACUUGGACAUCUAACCUUAAUUAAAUAUCCAAUCAGUGUUACCUCAGUUCUGCUUGAUGAUGAUUUAAUUUUGAUUGAUCCAAAUCGUGAUGAGGAGCGAUUGGCGAUCGGUUCAAUUACCACCGUGUUUGAUAUUAAAUCAGGAAAGAUAAUUGUCCUGGAAAAGAAAGGAGGAUCACCAUUGGAAGAGAUUCAAUUAAUUGAACAUUUAACAACAACCAAAUCAAUUGGUGAUCAAAUUUUUAAAACUCUUCCAUUCCAAUUAACUGAUGAAUCAAUGGAAACAUGAAAUCACCUAAUCAAUUAUGAUCUUGAUUAAGUUUAAAGCCUCCAAUUAGAUCUAAAAGGUUCAUAAAAAUGAGGAGCAAAUAUUUUCCAUCACAAACCGUGUUUAUGAUGACCACUGGAAGAUUGAUGGUAAACAUUAUGCAAGAAAAUUGUCAACAAUUAAAGGGAAUCUUCAACUAUACUCAUUUUCAUCUUAAUCAUUUUCUCAUCUCUUUAUUUGGUCAGUAUUUUUCUCUCUCUCUCUUUUUAUCUAAAAAAUGACCUUAUCUUUAUGUAUUACUUGGUGUUAUCCAAUUGUAAAUAUUGUCAACUGACCUGGGGUCUCACUUUGGGCUGAAAGGGAAAAAGAUGACCAUUGGUCAGUUUUUGUUUCGUUGUGUGAAAAUAAAGUGAAAGGGAAUUAAAGUAA